AUGCGGGUGACCGGAUCGCCAGAGUGGAAGUCCCCUGCUGUGACGUCGCCGAGAAAUCUGCUGUCUGUUUUUGUGCGUGACGGUGACGCGGAUCGGUUUGCGGCGGGGCAGCAGCCGCAACAGCAACAGCAACAGCAGGAUGACGCCUGCGACGGCGGGUACGCGACGAACCGCACACUCUUUUCGUACCGCACCGCCUGUUUGGAGGAAGACGGGGACGCAAUGGCCCCCGACGAGCUGGUGCCCCGCGAGGCCUCUGUAGCAACUACCGCCGCGGCGCGGCAACUACACCCACAGCAGCAGCAGCAACAACAACAGCAACAACAGCCGAGUGACGCUGAGGCUGCGCCGCGGGCGGCGCAGUUGUCGAUGCUGGCCUCCGCAAUGCCUGGCGACGCGCAGGAGGACGCGCAGGCGACGACGACGACGGUGGCGGUGGCGGACGGUGUUUGGUCCUGGACCUCGUGCGAUGGCGGCCGGGGCAGGGCGGGGGCGGCGCCGCGGGGAGCAGUCGCCACCGCAACCGCGUCGACACCGUGCAGACGGUGGUUCUGCGCGGACGAGACUGCGGAGCGCCGCGCCCGCUCCGCCACGCCCCGGCAGCCAACCACGCAGAGGAAGCAGCUGCGACUGAGCGGCGACGGUGCACCGGAUUCCCUGGCCGCGUGCGACCCCGCCCUGCCGGCGCUCUCUGCAGUGUCAAGGGCGACCUCCGGCGUCGUCACCACCACCGGCAGGGCGACGGCAACGACGGUGCGGCCAGCAGAGACGGGGAAGCGCGGCGCAACGGUGCUCAACUUGAACGCGGCGCCGUUCAUCCCGUCUCGCAUGGGGUCGCGUUGA